AAUAACACCUCAGAUUCCUCUCGUGCGCUUGUUUCUCAUCAUUGCGUGACGCGUCUGCGCGUUCACUGAGCACGAGCCUCCUCGCCUCUGCACGAUCAUCCCGCACGCAGCUCUGUCGUGAUAUGUACAGAAAAAGAUAUGGCAUUAUUUAUUUGGCUAUUUUCCCGUCCAUAACACCACUUUGAAAAACUUUGCGCUCUUGAAAGCUUGUCUUUUGGAAUUUUUUAUUUUUUGAUAUUUUGUGUUCCUAAAACUGCGAUGAAAGUGUUUAGCUUUUUCCUCAAGUGGACGUUUACAGUGCUGCUGAGUGUCUCGUUAUGUCUUAGUGAAGAAAGUUCAGCUUCAUCAAACAUUGUGAAUCCUUGUUGCUAUUAUCCUUGUCAAAACCAUGGGGUUUGUGUUCGAUAUGGACUGGACAGAUACGAGUGUGACUGCACCAGAACGGGUUACUACGGAGAAAAUUGCACUACACCCGAGUUCUGGUCAAGAGUCUAUCAUCUUCUAAAGCCCAGUCCUAAUGCCAUCCACUACUUCCUCACACAUUUUCAAUGGCUCUGGGACAUCCUCAACGGGACGCCUUUUAGGGAUUGGCUCAUGCGUAAAGUUCUUACAAUAAGAGCCAAUUUAAUUCCAAGCCCCCCGACAUACAAUUCCAAAUAUGACUACCUGAACUGGGAAGCGUAUUCCAACAUCACCUACUACACAAGAAUUCUGCCUCCAGUUCCUCAAGACUGCCCUAAACCUAUGGGAACAAAAGGAAAAAUGGAGCUUCCAGACCCCAAACUCCUUGCAGAAAGGUUCAUGUUGAGACGGAAUUUCAGGCCGGACCCUCAGGGAACGAAUCUGAUGUUUGCCUUCUUCGCUCAGCACUUCACGCACCAGUUCUUCAAGACUCACAACCGAGUGGGUCUCGGGUUUACAAAAGCCCUGGGUCACGGGGUUGAUGCUGGACACAUUUAUGGAGACAGUCUUGAUCGCCAACUAGACCUCAGGCUUCACAAAGAUGGGAAAUUGAAGUACCAGAUAAUAAACGGUGAGAUUUUCCCCCCCAAAGUGGCAGAUGUGCCAGUGAAAAUGAGUUACCCACCCUCCGUACCGCUGGACCAGCAGCUGGCCAUAGGUCAAGAAGUUUAUGGACUGCUGCCCGGUCUCAGCAUGUACGCCACCUUGUGGUUACGUGAGCACAACCGCGUGUGUGACAUCCUGAAGAAAGAACAUCCAACAUGGGGAGAUGAGCAGCUCUUUCAGACAGCCAGACUCAUUAUUAUAGGUGAGACUAUCCAUAUUGUGAUCGAAGAUUACGUGCAGCACCUGAGUGGUUACCUGCUGAAGUUGAAGUUCGACCCUACGCUGCUCUUCACUUCUCAAUUUCAAUAUCAGAACCGCAUUGCUGUCGAGUUCAACCAGCUGUACCACUGGCACCCGCUCAUGCCCGACAGCUUUCACAUCGCUGGAGAAGAGUUUCAGUACCCUCAGUUCCUGUUCAACACCUCCAUCCUUACUCACUUCGGAGUGGAAAAGCUGGUCGAGGCUUUCUCAACCCAACCUGCGGGACAGAUCGGAGGUGGACAUAAUAUUAAUAAAAUGGUAUUAAAGGUAGCGGAGGGUGUCAUCGUAGAGUCAAGAGAACUUCGGCUUCAGCCCUUCAACGAGUACCGCAAGAGAUUCAAUCUGAGACCAUACACAUCCUUUUCUGAAUUAACAGGUGAUAAGAAGGUGGCUAAAGAACUCGAAGAGCUCUAUGGUGACAUCGACGCGGUCGAAUUCUACCCAGGCCUCCUCCUGGAGAAGACCCGAGCCGGCGCAAUAUUUGGCGAAAGCAUGGUGGAAAUGGGAGCUCCGUUUUCCUUAAAAGGCCUCAUGGGAAAUCCCAUUUGCUCCCCUGAUUACUGGAAACCCAGUACGUUUGGGGGUCAGACGGGUUUUGAUAUAGUUAACACAGCCUCGUUAAAGAAACUAGUUUGCCUCAAUACAAAAUGGUGUCCGUACGUAUCUUUCCGCAUUCCUCAAUCAGACUACGAGAAACUGAGAAGAUCUCAUGGUGAACUUUAGCACACAAUAUGCCUGAAGCAAUGCAACUGUUUCAACUGCUGUAGGUCAACGAUUGUAGGUCUAGACUAUUUUCAUACACUUCAAAAAAAAAAAAAAGAGUUAUUUUCUACCCAACGCUGGGUCAAAAGGGGACAAAUAUAAACCUUUUUUGUGUUCAAUUAACCCAAUGGCUGGGUUUGUUCCUUUUUGACCCAACGUAUUAUGUUGUAGCAUUUUUUAGACCGUGAACUUAGAGAGAUCAGAGCGCAAUCGAACAAUCUAUUCGUUUUCUCAAGUUUGAUCAAACUUAUAAAUAAUGCUUUUUAGAAAUUGCCCUGCUCUCCCAUAUACAGCCAUGGAAAAAAUAAGAGACUACUUCAGUUUUGACUUUAAUCAUCAUUUCUAGAUGUAGUGUGACCAUUUUAGUCCAAAAGCAAACCUCGGGAGUGACAUAAAGUCAGCCAACAGCAAAUGUAAAAGACUGAAAGCAUGACAAGACCCAAGAUGUGACAAACAUUUAUAUUUUGUUGUUGAGAAAUAAAUUGGAACUUGUUUUCUCUGCAGUAUUGAAGAUCGGAAAACAAAAUCUUUUCACCAAGCUUUCCCCGUUUCAAUUUUCAGUAUAUAAAUGUAAAUAAAAACAUAAUUUUUAUUAAGAAUUUGGCAGAAAUGUUGUCGGUAGUUGACAGAAUGAAACAAAAAUGAUCAUUUUACUUAAAAACGUAUAAAUAGUAAAUCUAGAAAAACUGAAAGGGUCUCUUUAUUUUUUCCAUGGCUGUAUGUUUGACAACACCACUAAUGGUUGAUUUAAUUCAGUUUUAUUAACUGAGUGAAAUUGUCUGAAGAAUGAGGUGACUAAAGAAUGAAUGUUAGUAAUGUUAGAAUAUUUCAACUAUUAAUAAUAAAGCAAUGUGUUACUGUAUGUAUACAUUUCAUUAUACAAUCUUAAAAAUAAAGGUGCAACCUGAUGCCAUAUAACAACCAUUUUUGUUUAUACAGUAUCGUUCCAUACAGAACUUUUCUUUUUUUACAAAUGAUUGUUAGAAGAACCAUUUCUUUCAUUUUUUUUAUAAUCUAAAGAACCUUUUUUGAAGAUGAAGCUUCAUGUUAAAGGUCUGUUCAGUCAAAAAUUUUACUUUUAUGGCAUUUCAAAACACCUUUAUUUUUAAGAGUGUAUUUAUUUUUUUUACUUUACGUGGAUUGUUUCCAGAAUAUUCAGAUUGAUGUUGAAUGUCACAGAGAUCUUUUUGAGAUAUCACUUGAUGUGAUAAUCACUGUGAAUAUAAAUGGUUGCAUGAAUGAAUGUGAUAUUUGUGACUGUCCUUACAAGCAAAUGGUAAGUUUUACAGGUGGGUUAAAUAUAAACCAUUAUCCAACGUUUGAAGUGUUUAAAUCGUACAGUUGAAGGGCUCUUUAAGUGAAACAUUUUAUUUGAAUUAAAAAAAAACAUUUGUAAGGA